CGGCGGCGCGGGCCGAGCCCCGGCUGUUGGUGCUCUCAACGCGGUCCGCCGAGAGGAAAUAAAAGCGGGGCGGGGCGCCGUCCUCGCCAGAACGCGGCGCGCGCCCCGUCUCCGCAGCAGCUCGCUCGGCCUCGCCCCGGCCCCCGGUCCCCGGCGGGACCCCUCCCCGCGCCGCCCCCCGCCCGCCCCAGCCCUGCCGCCCGGGCCCAGGCCCGGCCGCGGCCGCUCCCGCCCGGAGCCGCCGCGCGCCCCCAGCCCCGCGGCGCCGCCCCGGCCCCUCGCCUUCCUCUUCCCGGCGCGGCCCCCAGGCGUCCGCGCGCCGCCCGCCGCCAACCCGCUGGCCACCAUGUCGGUGGAGCUGGAGGAGGCCCUGCCGCCCACCGGCGCCGAGGGGGCCCGCAAGGCGGCCCGGGGCGGCCCGGCGGCCCCGGCCCGCAAGAGGAAGAGCCGCAAGAAGAACCAGCCCGGCAAGUACAGCCAGCUGGUGGUGGAGACGAUCCGCCGGCUGGGCGAGCGCGGCGGCUCCUCGCUGGCCCGGGUCUACGCGGAGGCCAAGAAGGUGCCGUGGUUCGACCAGCAGAACGGGCGCACCUACCUCAAGUACUCGAUCCGCGCGCUGGUGCAGAACGACACGCUGCUGCAGGUCAAGGGCACCGGCGCCAACGGCUCCUUCAAGCUCAACCGCAAGAAGCUGGAGGCCGGCGCGGGCCGCGGGGCCGCCAGCCCGCCGCCCGCCGCGCCCCAGGCCGGGCGGGCCGCGCCCCAGGCCGGGCGGGCGGCGGCCGGCGCGCGCGCGGACACCCGGCCCGCCGGGGCCCGGCCGGACCGCCGCGCGCCCCCGCAGGGCAAAGGCGCCGGGGCCCCGAAGGCGGCGGCCGCCGGCGCCAAGAAGGUGAAGAAGGCGGCCAAGCCCAGCGUCCCCAAGGUGCCCAAGGGCCGCAAGUGAGCGCGCCCCGGCCUCGGCGUCUCCACCCCGGGGUGCUCGGUUUUGUGCGGUUCCGUCGGGCCCGGGCCCCCCCCCCCGCGCCCCCUCCCUCGUGCCCCCCGCCCCCCGCCUCCCCUCCCCCCGCCGUGCCGCCUUCUGUUGUUUGCUCUAGGUUUUUGAAACGGCCCUGGCGACGCUCCUAUUGGCUCUCGCCCUUGGCAAAAGCCGUCGCCAUGGUUACCAGCCCGGCGGCGCCAAUGGGCAGGCCGCGCCCGCCCGGCCUCGGCGGCCCGUCCUCCCCCGGCCCCCGGGCGCGCGGCCCCUCCGCGCCGCGGCCCCCCGGCGCAAUAAAGCGUUCAACCUCGA